CCCCGGGAGGAAGGAGUGGCUGUCGACCAACUUUUAUUUGCAAGAAAUUUGUGAACCAGUAAACUGGUGAGAGUCGUUGUUGUGAUUUUGGUUCACAAAUUAUUUGAAUGAAUAAAGAAAACUGACUCAGAGCAGGUGACGAACGAAAUUUUUGAGUUCAUCGAUGGCGUCUCUUCUCUGUCCAGCUGCCGUCAUUCCUGUGCGAUAUAAGGCAGAUCGUACAAGUUUCAGCUCCAUAUUUUCAAACAUAUCAUCCAAUGCUCAACGGAUGGUGAUGAGAAAUGAUCAUCAAUACAGUGGGCGUUGUUUCAUGACUAAAGCAAAGAUGUCUGUUGAAGGAGGUGUACUUGAGAAAGAUUCAGUUAGAGUCAGUGACAAGAUUGAUUAUGGAGUUGUAAGCGUGCAUCAUGUUGGAAUCCUGUGCGAAAACCUUGAAAGGUCACUUGAAUUUUAUCAGAAUAUUCUAGGUCUUGAAAUCAACGAAGCAAGGCCAGAUGAUAAGCUUCCCUACAGAGGUGCUUGGUUGUGGGUGGGUUCUGAGAUGAUUCAUUUGAUGGAGCUUCCAAAUCCAGACCCUUUAACUGGACGACCUGAACAUGGAGGUCGAGAUCGUCAUACUUGUAUUGCAAUUCGGGAUGUGUCUAAACUCAAAACAAUUCUUGAUGAAGCAGGUAUUCCAUACACACUUAGCAAGUCUGGGCGGCCAGCAAUUUUCACACGAGAUCCAGAUGCAAAUGCUUUAGAGUUUACUCAAGUGGAUAAUUGAUACCUUUCAAACCUUACAGCAUAAACUUGUAACAAGGAUAAAUAUUUUUGGCAUUGUAUGCAAUAUAAUUAUUAUCAUCAA